UGGAGGCUUCGGUCGUCACUGACUGUCCCCGGUCAGGUUGUGUUGCUAGCUGAGCUAAGGCGGGGGCCAGGCCAAGCAGUCGUCUUUUCAACGUUCGGCAGACUAAUGUUUAAUCUAUAGUAGAUAUGGAUUUCGACGCUCUGUUUAACGAGAAGACUUUUCAGUUUUCGGACUUCCAGGAGUUCACGUUUCUUCCUGGACACCAGAAGUUGACUGAACGAGUGAGAAAGCGACUGUAUUAUGGCCUGGACAAAGACGUUUCUCUAGAUGCCCUUUCUUGUCCUGUUACGGAUAUUGCUGUCGAAAUUUUCCAGAAGUCUGCCCCAAGCCCAAUACGAAAACUACAGAAGAAGUAUGCUGCUCAUGUUUCCAGGGAGGCUUGCAUCUCUCCAUGUGCCAUGAUGCUGGCUCUAGUUUACAUAGAAAGGCUCCGACAUAGAAAUCCUGAGUACCUACAAAAGAUCUCUUCCUCUGACCUCUUCCUGAUCUCCAUGAUGGUUGCCAGCAAGUACCUGUAUGAUGAAGGCGAGGAAGAAGAAGUUUUCAAUGAUGAGUGGGGAGCAGCUGGAAAGCUGGACGUGAAAACUGUCAACAACCUGGAGAUGAACUUCUUGAACGCCAUUGAGUGGAGCCUCUUCACAGAGCCAAAUGACUUAUUUGAUAUACUAAGUCAACUGGAAACCAGCAUUGCAGAGCGACAGGGGAUGAAACGUGGCUGGUUCACCUACACCGACCUCUGUGUGCUGCUGGAGCAGUCAGCGUGGAGUCAAGCCCUCACAGCCAUCUACCAGCACUUUACCAAGGUAUCCUGUAUGCUCGGCCUUGUCUAUCUGACCAGUGUGGCUGGCCUUAUUGCCACCAGCGCUGUGCUGCACCAGCUCAGUCUCUCCAGAAGCGGCCACUGCCUGCUUCCACCUCCAGCUGAGAUUAGCCCAGACCACCUUCCGACCUCCGACCUGAACUCAGAAGCUCCGUCUGCAGCCCUCCCCUGUUUUGUUCUGGCCAACAAGAGUCUGAACCAUCAGACGGGUACACUUGGAAUCGGCCAGCACCACUCACAAAAUCCCCCAUCGGCUUCCUCACAGACAUCAAUAUUGUGUCUCUGGGGCUCCCUCCUUGCCUCAAUGGGUCACAUACACCCUGAAACAAAUUCUGAGAUGGAAGAUCCCCAAACCUGGUCUCCUGCCUCCUUCUUCUGUCCUGGCUGUCUUGCAUCCCUCCCUCCUCUUCAGUGCGGGCUCAGAAACACCUCAACAGUCUUCACUCAUGGCUCCCUUGAUAACAAUCAGCGUCAUUCACCAUGGCUGGCCCCCAGCCUCCUUGGAGGGGUGGAACCAAGUCUGAACUCUCGCCUAGGGGUGUUUCCCCCUGUGCAGUUGGGACCCUGCCAACCAAAGUCCAUGUUACCUGUUGACAAAGCCCAAGCUCUGCUCAUGCCCGGCUAGAGACCGGCAAACCCGUGUCCUGUCAGCCUGUAGUAAUGGACUCUGGAAAUGAAACCAGCAUUGUCUUCAUGACUCAUCUACCACUUCAAGUCAUAUUUUUAUUUUUGUUUGUUUGUUUGUUUACUUUUCCGGAUCCAGAAUAAAAGUGCAAAGGCAAGAGUAAUUAGGCGCUUUUCAGGCGUGGUGAGAGUUUGAUAGGUGUGAGGUCACCGAUAGUUCACUAAUGCAGAACACAUUUGCCCAGAGUAAAAUGCCAUAGUGUUCAGUUAAUGCUCCGUAACUUGAUUUACAAUGCAGAGAAGUUCACAAGGAAUUUGAAGAUAAUUUGAUGUGUUUGUUUUCUUGGCUUCAACCAAACAUUUAUACUGCUUCCCACAUUUAUAUUUGUUUGAAAGUCCUAUCAGAUGGUGAUGCAAGACCCGUUUAAGGAUUGUGUUUGGAGUUAUUUUAUCACAGCUGCUUGCUACUUGGUAGGUUUGCCUGUAUGUGGAGGUUUCACAGCAUAUCUGAAGGUUUCACAGUAAGUUUUUUUUUUUUUUUUUUUUAGUUAUGAUUGCGCUCUGUGAAUAGAAGGGACUAAACCAGUUGGCUUCAAAAUUUUGGCUUAUUCAUAUUUGCUUAGUGUUACAUAUAUUUUUCAUUUGUGUAUAAGGAGCUUUAUACCAGAUAUUGGCCAUACACAUACAGCAAGCACUGAUUUUGUACACCAGAGAGUUUUUGUUACUGUUUGUGAAAUAAAUUGUCUCCUGUUCUUGUAAACUUUCCCCUUUUUUAUUCAGGAGAAAGCAUCGAAGAAAUGAGACUGUUUGUAUGCAGACUCUGUCUCCAUACCUCAACUGUCACUGACCACAGAAAUCACAAACAUCAACUUCUGUUAUCUGGUCCUUUUCUAGAAAAAUCUUGUGAAAAAUCGCUGGAUUGUAUGUAACAUAAAACAUCAAAGUCAUUUUUCUAUAACAGGGUAGCCAAAUUUAAGAGAUUAACCUAUAUGUUUUCCAAUUCUCCAAGGAGAAGAAGGCCUGUAUAAAAAUAAGGGGUUUCAUGAUAUUUUGGUUGGUGUUUGUAAAGUGAACAUUUUGAAUGUGACAUGUUAAAGGCAAACGGCAGUGCUUCUUUGUUGAUGCGGUCUGGAAUUUGCACAUCUGGCUCCAUUUUCAUUGCUAAAGGACAUUUCACUCCACCAUUACAGCAUUGUCAAGUGACUUGCACAUACAGCAUUAAAAUAAUUUACAGAAUGGAUCACUUUUUAUGUACACAGUCACACACAGUCCCCAGGACAUUUACUUUGUGAUUAAACCUUUUGACAAAUUGCUCUGAGCAUCUGAAUUUGAUACACUUUAAAGCACGGUGUUGAUACAUUUUGUACAUGGUGUAAAAUGCAAAUAUUGUACAAAUGUAAAAAAAAAAAAACUAAUAAAGAAUUAAUUUCUUUGUGA